GACAUAUUACAUAUUAUUUAGAUAUCGAUAUAUCUUUGUAAAGAGAUUGUUUCUUAUUAAAAUUUAGUUUAUCAAUUAUAUAAUUAAAUGAUUAGAAAUGUCAUCGAGGAAACGAAAACCUUUAAAACCGAUUACGGAAGAGGAAAACGUUGCAGCGAAAAAAGCUAAAACAGUGGAAAAUUUUGAAGAUAGACGCGCUGGUACAGUGAAGAGUAUUAUUUUGAAAAACUUUAUGUGCCAUUCGUAUUUAGAAGUGAAUUUCGUGAAAAAUAUCAGUUUCGUCAUAGGUAAAAACGGUAGUGGUAAAAGUGCUAUUUUAACUGCACUAAUAAUCGGUUUAGGUGGUAGGGCUACUCUAACGAAUCGAGGUUCAAAUGUUAAAGGGUUCGUAAAAGCAGGUAAACCUUCCGCUAUUAUUGAAAUCGAAUUAUCGAACGAAGGUCCUAUGGCUUACAAACCGAAUAUAUACGGCGAUAGUAUUAACAUAAUCCGCAGUUUAAGUACAAACGGGGGUGGUUCGUAUAAAAUAAAAUCGUCUAAAGGUGAAAUUAUAUCGACGCAAUUAAAAGAAAUACGAAAUAUUACGACAAAUUUGAAUAUACAAGUCGAUAAUCCUAUUUGUAUCCUUAAUCAGGAUACUUCGAGGAAUUUUUUAACUAGCAGUGAUCCUAAGAAAAAAUUCGUUUUGUUUAUGAAAGCGACGAAAUUAGAAAGUUUAGAAAUCGAGUAUAAGAAGAUACAGGGUAAUAAGGAGGAUUCCGUUAAAAUUAUGAACGAAAAAACGGAAAAUUUCCGGAAAUUACAGGAGGAAAUUAAACGUUUAAAAACGAAAAUGGACAACCACAAAUCAAUUUUGUCUCUAAAAGAUCGAAAAUUGUUAUUGCAAAGAGAAUUGGUUUGGUCGAAGGUACGCGACGCCGAGGAGGAUUUAAACGAAAAAAAUCGCGUUUUGGAAAAUUUCGAAACGAAAUUGAAAGAAUUGAAAACGAAUUCGGAAAAACGCGCCGAAAUUUUAACGAAUUAUAAAAAAAAUCGCGAAGCGCUAGAACGUGAAAUGUGCGAGAUAAAACAACAGAUCGAAGUGCAAAAAAGACCUUUAUUAGACGCUCGAUCCCAAAUAAACGAACUCAAAACUAACAUGGCGUCUAAAAAGAAAGAAAAACAACAAAUUUUGACGUCGAUACAAAAUAAAAAUUCCGAUUUGGAUAGUUUGAAGGGGGAGAUUGCUACUUCGAAGGAGAAUAUGUCGAUGGUGGAACAACAGAAAGUGGAGAGGCUGCGGAAUUUGGGGGAGCUGCAGAGGAAAUUGAAAGGUUUGGAGGAUCAUUUGGAAACAUCGAAAAACGAUUUAUUUCAGUUGAGGGGGGAUUUGUCGCGGAGGGAAACCGAAGAGGGGAACCUUAGAGGGGAGAUCGCGCGAUUGGACGAAAGGAUUUACAACGAGAAGAAAAAUUUGGAGGCUUUGAGGGGGGAAUCAGGUAACGACUUGUUGUUAUAUGGGAGGGAGAUGCCUAAAAUCAAACAAAUGAUUUAUGAGAAUAGGAAACGGUUUGUGCAGGAACCGAAAGGUCCUUUGGGAUCCUAUAUCAAGAUAAAGGAUAAGAAAUGGACAACGGCAGUCGAAGGCUACAUAGGCCCCAAUCUUCUGCGAGCCUUCGCCGUCGACAACAAAAAAGACAAUCAACUCCUGAGGGAAAUCUUCAAUAAAAUCCUAGGUCCCGGUUCCCAUCCCCAAAUCAUAACCUCGAAAUUCAUUCCCGAAAGGCACGACGUCGCCCGAAAUUCGGUCCACGAACCGAACGAUUGCGUCAGCAUCUACAGGGCGAUCGAUAUAACCGAUGCCGUCGUGUCCAAUUGCAUCGUGGACAAUUGCAGUCCAGAAAAUAUCCUGUUGAUACCUUCCGACGGUAUGGCGCGCGAUUUGUUGUCCGACAAAAGGAAAGUACCGAAGAAUUGCCAUCAAGGCAUCACCGUCGGAGGGGAUAAAUAUUAUCCGGAUCCCAAUUAUCGGACGUACGCUUCGUCGUAUCGUAAAGCUCGGUACCUGCAGGUGGAUAUCGAGGAUCGCGCCCGACAGUUGGAGGAGAACGUGGAGAAUUUGGAAAGGAAGAAAAUGACUGUCGUUAAACAGUUGGAGGAUUUCAGGAACGGAAUUAAGGAACAAAUCAACAAAAGGAUCCAAUUGGAGGAAAAAGUGAAGAAAGUGACUCAAGCCAGGGCUCAGAUCAGAAAACAACUGGAGGAAAUCAACGCUACCGCCGAACCGGAAGUACAAAACGUCCAAUAUCUCGAACAAGAAAUGGACGAAUGUAAAAAAUGGUUGAACGCCAAAAACGCCGAACUCGAACGAAUAAACGACGACAUCAAAGAAAUCAAGACGUCGAUUAACGAAAAAGAAGAAGAUUUAUCUCGUUUGAACGUCGCGACGAGAGAUCUGGAAGAAAGAAUCGAACAAUUGGAUCGAGAAUUACGAGAAAACCUAUUGAAACAACAAGAAGUUUCGACCGGUGAAGAAUUCGAUAAAAAUCGAAUCGGAGAUUACGAAAUGCGAGUUAAGGAAGCCGGAGCCGAAGCGGCUCUAAAACGGAACGCUCUAAAACAAUCGGAAACGGAAGCAAGGUCAGUCGGCGAACGGCUACCCGAUUUACGGCGAAUCCAAACGAUCACCAACGAAAUAAACGAAAUCAAACACAAAAUAACGAAAAUAGAAAACGACAACGAAAAAUUGGAGGAAAUUUUGGAAAAAUACGACGAACUAACGUCGAAAUUCAAAAAAACCGCCGAUAUAAUGAAGAUACUACAAAAGGAUAUCAACGAAUUAUCCUUGGCGGUGGAAAAAAGGAAGCGACACUACAAAUUAACGGAAAAAUAUUUCGAAACUUAUAUGAAGUACUCGUUCGAAAAGAUUUUGGAGUAUAGGCAGUUCAAGGGUACUUUGGAGAUCGAUAUCGAGGGGAAGAAAUUGGAUUUGGUGGUGAUACCGCAGCACGGCUCCCAAGGUCGGACGACGACGUCGAAUUUGUCCGGGGGGGAGCGUUCCUUUUCGACGGUGGCGUUCCUCUACUCCCUCUGGCAAUGUAUGGAGCUGCCGUUUUAUUUUCUCGACGAAUUCGACGUUUAUAUGGAUAAAUUGAAUCGUUCCAAGGUGAUCGACAUUUUGUUGCAGCACGCCAAAUCGAAGCCCGAAUUGCAGUUCGUGUUUUUGACGCCGCAGGACGUGUCGUGCCUCGGGAGGGAAACGGAACUAGCCGGGGUGGAAGUGUUGAGGUUGGACGAUCCGGAACGCGUGCGUUGAUAUUAUUUGUUUUUAAUGCGGAAAUAAAAUUUUUUGUUUUUCUGUU